AUGUGUACUCCCCGGGAGCCACCCUCACACUCCCCAACCUGUGCAAUCCCCGAGGAGUCCCUGCCAACUCCCCAUUCGAAUAGGGAAUUGGCAGGGACAAAAGAACUAAUGAUGACUAAAAUUCAUACAUUAAUGAUACUAGUAAUUAUUAUAUAUACAUCAGAUCAAUGGUCAAUACCAGAAAACGAUACGAUUAUGAUUGAUAAAGAAACGAAAUUGGUAGCCGAAAAGGUUGGACACUUAAUGCCUUUAAGUCAAACAACUGGUAUUGCUAUAACGAUUCCAAUUUUUCAGUUUGGAUGUUUUUUACUUCCGCCGAAAUUUUUUAAUUCAUUCGUUGUUUGUACAAAUUCAACCAACAAUAGUCUUACUGAUUCAAAUGAAAUAUUACGUUCUAGUACUAAUUCAUCUCAAAAACCUUUUAGUGAACGAUUUAUGGAUAGUAUUGAUCAGCUCAGAUCAAGAAAUAAACGUCAGUUAAUAGAUAAUUAUACAAUCGUAGCAAUAAUAAAUCGUUUAUUAGCAUCACAAACAUUUUAUUUUGUACCGAACAACGGUCCUGGUACAAACGUUUAUAAUUUGCCAAGAUUUCUUGGAAUUGAUUAUAAACGAAAUACGUCAUUAGCAUGGCACAAUGGGGAUAAUGUUAUGAAUAACUGUCAUUUUGGAAAAAUUACAUUUUGUCAUGUCUUACCGCCGAUGGUACAUAAAAUUGAACAUUCAUGUUUACAAAGUAUGUUUGCUCGAGAAAAAAUCAAUACAUGUUCGUUUAUUGAAUCCUCUGAAAAGCCACCGUAUGUACGUAGUAUUGAUGAUAAUAAGUGGAUUAUAUCUGUAGCUGAAGAUCUUUAUUGUUUAAUGAGAGAUAGCGAUGAAAGUAUGGAUGAAAAUAUGGAUGACAUAGAUAAUGACAAUGAUAGUAUAAUCAUUAAAAAGUUUGCUAUGGUUAAUUUACCGUGCAAAUAUGACUUAAAUUGUAGUAAAAAAAUACAACUAAAAAGCAUGAAAUGUAAACGUAAUUCUGUUAUGGAUUAUUAUUUAAUUAGUAACUGUGAUUAUUUCAAAAGCGAAGAAUUGAUUAAAUUACUGGAUGGUAAUCAAAUAAACGAGUCAUAA